GAAUGCGCAAGAUUUGUCGAACAAUCUGUGGGCAUCCGCGACUUUGCAAGAUCUUGCGCCAGAGGUGCUGACAACUGUGCCUGCCCUUUCAAGGUACAUACCUGGCAAUGUAGGGGAGAUGAAGGCCCAGGAGGUCUCCAACAGCCUCUGGGCAGCCGCGAAACUGAAGGAUGCUGUACCGGAAGUGCUGGCAGCGGUGCCUGCCCUUGCGGAGCGCAUACCUUCCUUGGCCAAAUACAUGAUUCCUCAAGCGCUUUCGAAUAGCUUGUGGGCCGUGGCGAAGUUGCAAGAUGAUGUGCCAGACGUGCUGAUGGCUGUGUCUGCCCUUGCAGAACAUAUCCCUCGCAAAGUACAGGACAUUUGUCCCCAAGAUUUGUCCAACAAUCUCUGGGCAGCUGCGAAAUUACAAGAUGCCGCUCCUGAGGUGUUGAAGGCCGUGCCUUCUAUAGCAGCGAAUAUACCAGGCAAUGUUGAGGGCAUGGAAUUUCAAGAGGUGUCCAACAGCAUGUGGGCAGCCACGAAACUACAGUAUGCUGUGCCCGAGACGCUGAAGGCUGUGCCUGCGUUGGCAGAGCGCUUGAAGCGCUGUCACGCUAGUGCCUACCUUGCAUGGUAG